AUGGAGGUGAGCCACCGAUUGCUGUCGUUGUUUUUUUUCUUUUGUGCGGCGGCGUUGUGUUUUUGGAGCGCGUCGGUCGCUGACGGGCCGUGCCUUGUGGGUUGCAGGAGGGGAGGAGGGGGACGAGGACGUGACGGGGCGGCGGCGGGGAGGACGGCCUACGUCACCUUCAAGGACGCCAAGGCCCUGGAGAUCGCGCUGCUGCUCUCGGGAGCAACAAUUGUGGAUCGAGUUGUGAACAUAACCUCUGCUGAAGAUUACAUCUACAUCCCUGUUAAUGAACAGCCUUUUUCUCAUAGAGAGGUCCAUUUUGAAAUCAUGCAGCAACUUAUGGUGAAUGAGGUGACAAGUACAGCUCCUACUGCAGAUUUGGAACAACCUACUGAGGCCAACGCAAGCCCCACUAGCGUUUAUGCCAGCAAGGCUCAUGAUGUCAUGACAACUGUGAUCGCAAGGGGUUCAGCAAUUCGACAAGAUGCUGUGAACAAAGCUAAAUCAUUUGACGAGAGGCAUCAGUUGAGGGCUAAUGCGUCAGCUAGGAUCAGUUCCUUCGAUAGGCGUGUUGGCCUUUCAGAGAAGUUAAAUACUGGGAUAUCGGCCGUAAAUGAAAAGGUGAAAACUGUGGACCAAAGGUUACAUGUUUCUGACAAAACAAUGGCCGCUUUGCUGGCUGCAGAGCGCAAGCUAAACAAUACAGGGUCUGCUGUGAAAACCAACAGGUAUGUGUCUGCUGGAACAAGCUGGCUAAAUGGUGCGUUCAGCAAGGUUGCCAAGGCUGGUCAUGUUGCUGGCUCAAGAACAAGAGAAAAGUUCCAGAUAGCUGUGUCAAAUAUAUCAGCCAAAGUGGUAGUGACACUUUGCACCAUGUUCCUGGCUCGGUGUGGUUUCAUGAUUGCCAUUGAUGUCAAAUGUGUCGUGCCUCUACUUUCUGCAGAAAUUGUUACUCAAAUUGAGUAA